ACAAGUCUAGAGAGCCUCCAGCAGACUCGGACGUCCAGUCUGCGUUGAGCAGGGCUUUCUGACAGCACCUUGCCGGACCGCGUAAUCUUGCAUUUCUUUUCCUUUUUUUUUUUUUUUAUGUUAAAACGAUUUUUUGUUUUGUUUUGUCUUGGACACUGGCUGCAUCCAUUUCUUGCUCAGUCGCGUCCAAACUUUUGAGCGACUUUCUUCAAGGGGUCUUUUAGUGGCUGUCAAAUCACAGCUGAAGAUGAAAGCUGCUGGGAAUGUUGGCAUCUUGCAUUGAUAUCCCCAUUUUUUGUCCCAAGUUUGAUACUGGAGGAAAAGUACGCUGUUGCGGGUUUAUUAUAACAGUAAGCGGAUUCGUUUAUUGUCGCUUCAUGGUGGAAUUGGACUGUGUUUGAUAUUUUUCAACAUCACUUUUCUGGACAAGAGACACUUGGUGUGGUGAAACCACCCGUGAGCGCACCCACGGACGCUUCGCAGCAGUGUAGCUGGAAAUGAUGCUCUCUUUUUGGGUAGAGCGUGGACAAGCUUACGGUCCGAUUGUGCUUUUGCUCCUGGUCGGGGGAUAUGUCGUGUGUGAUACUGAAAGCAGCGACUACAGUGAUGGCGAGGUUCUUCCAGACUCGUAUCCAUCAGCGCCAGCAGAACCUCUCCCAGAAUUCCUGCUUGAACCAGAAGAUGCUUUUAUCGUAAAGAACCGGCCCGUUCAGCUUCGGUGCAGGGCGUCACCAGCCACACAGAUCUACUUCAAGUGCAACGGGGAGUGGGUCAAUCAGAAUGACCAUGUCACAAGAGAGAGCUUGGACCAGGUUACAGGCCUUGUGGUGAGGGAGGUGGACAUCUCAGUUUCCAGGACCCAAGUUGAGGAGCUGUUCGGGUUGGAGGACUACUGGUGUCAGUGUGUAGCCUGGAGCUCAGCCGGGACCACCAAGAGCAACCGCGCUUACGUCCGAAUUGCAUACUUGAGGAAAAACUUUGAGCAGGAGCCACUGGGGCGGGAAGUGCGACUAGAGCAGGAAGUCUUGUUGCAAUGUCGCCCCCCAGAAGGCAUGCCCACCGCUGAGGUGGACUGGCUGAAAAACGAAGAUGUCAUUGACCCUUCGCAAGAUUCCAACUUUCUGAUUACCAUCGAUCACAAUUUAAUAAUCAAACAGGCCCGACUCUCAGACACGGCCAACUAUACUUGCUUGGCUCGGAAUGUGGUGGCCAAAAGACGCAGCAGCACCGCAAGUGUCAUUGUUUACGUGAGCGGCGGCUGGUCCUCGUGGACAGAAUGGUCUGAGUGUAACACAAAGUGUGGGCGGGGCUGGCAGCGUCGAACACGUAGUUGCACCAACCCUGCCCCUCUUAAUGGAGGAGCCUUCUGUGAAGGCCCACCUUUCCAGAGAGUGACCUGCACCACACUGUGUCCAGUGGAUGGAGGCUGGACAGAAUGGGCAAAGUGGUCUGCCUGUGGAACAGAGUGCACCCACUGGAGAAGCCGGGAAUGCCAAGCCCCCCCACCCAGAAAUGGAGGCAAGCACUGCAGCGGGAGCAUGAUGGAGAGCAAAAACUGUACUGAGGGGCUCUGUGCGCGCAAUAAAAAGGUUUCUAUUGAACAUGCAAGCCAUCCGCUGGCGCCAGAGAUGGGUGUAGCAGUCUACGCUGGUCUGGUUGGGGCUCUGCUGCUAUGCGUGAUCCUGGUGCUGUGCGUAGGCGUGCUGGCAUACCGCCGCAGAUGCAGCCACCUCCACGGAGACAUCACAGACUCUUCUUCUGCCCUUGCCGCUGCCUUUCACCCAGGCAACUACAAGCCUCCCAGACAAGAUAACCUCCGCACCCUGCAUCCGUCUGCUCCUCCCGACCUGACGGCCACAGCGGGAGCAUUCCGCAGCCCGCUCUACUCCUUGCAGCAAAGUGUUAACGAAACCCAUCACAAAAUCCCCAUGACCACAUCCCCCCUGUUGGACCCCCUGCCCAGCCUCAAAAUCAAGGUGUACAACUCCUCCACGCUUUCCUCGCUGGAGGUCCCGGCUGAUAUGUGCUCAGCAGACGGCGAGAUCCUCAGCCUAAAGUCAGUGGGCACUGGUGGGAGGGAGCGACAGUUCCACAGCCACACGCUGUCCAGAGAGCCUGGGCUUAGCACCAGCGCCACCCUGGGGCACCUUGGGGGGCGCCUCACCAUUCCUAACACAGGUGUGAGUCUGCUGGUCCCGCCUGGCACCAUCCCCCAGGGGAAGUUCUAUGAGAUGUACCUCAUUAUCAGCAAAUGGGAGAAAACGACGUUGCCAUCUGAGGGCGGUCAGACAGUGCUAAGCCCCGCAGUGAGCUGCGGUCCAUCUGCUUUGCUGCUCAAUCGCCCUGUUGUCCUCACCUUGCCGCAUUGUGCCCAGCUAGACACGCCAACACCUGACUGGACACUCACACUGAAGACACAGACCCAUCAGGGAGCAUGGGAGGAGGUGCUGACAGUGGGAGAGGAAAGCUUGUCCUCGCCGUGCUAUCUGCAAUUGGAGGAGGAGUGCUGUCAUGUUCUCAUGGAGCAGCUGGGCACGUAUGGCCUGGUGGGUCAGUCGUGCCCCCCUCAACCGGCCUGCAAGCGCCUUCAGUUGGCUUUGUUCGCACCCCGAGCGCCCUGCCUCUCCCUGGACUACAGCCUUCGUGUUUACUGCAUCCAUGACACCCCUCAUGCUCUCAAGGAGGUGCUGGAUCUGGAACGGAGUCUCGGUGGGGUGAUACUAGAAGAUCCUAAACCGCUGCUGUUUAAAGACAGCUACCACAACCUGCGUCUGUCCAUCCAUGACAUCCCUCACACUCACUGGAGAAGCAAACUACUAGCCAAGUACCAGGAGAUCCCAUUCUAUCACAUUUGGAGUGGCAGUCAGAGACCUCUGCAUUGCACCUUCAGCCUGGAGAGAAGCAGCUUGGCUGUGUCUCUGCUUUCUUGUAAAAUCUGUGUGCGACAAGUGGAAGGCGAAGGACAAAUCUUUCAGCUGCACACUGACAUCCAGGAGACUCUCCCGCCUCACUCGCCGCUGCCCUCAACAGGCUCCUGCCUGCCCUCUUCUCAAGUAGGACCAUAUGCCUUCCGUCUGCCUUGCUCCAUCCGCCAGAAGAUCUGCGCCAGUUUGGACGCGCCGAGCGCCCGAGGGUGUGACUGGAGACUACUGGCAUGCAGUUUAGGUUUUGACAGGUACUUGAACUACUUUGCAACAAAGCCCAGCCCUACAGGGGUUCUCCUGGACUUAUGGGAAGCUUGUCACCAAGGCGACGCAGACCUGGUCUCUCUGGCGACGGCACUCGAAGAGAUGGGCAAGAGUGAGGUGCUCGUCGUCAUGACGACAGAUGGGGAUUGUUGAUGGCUGGAGGAACAAGAACAUAAAUGCGACUAAUCAUAAACAUGCCGAUGAACAUGUCCACCGUGACACCGAUGGCAAAGAGUUUCCGUUCCUUUUCCACACACUCUAUUACCUCUUCGAUACGUCUUCAUCAACUCAUUUCCAUCACCGCUCGGCCUGAAUCCUCCAAAGCGAUGUCGACGUUUGAAACUAGUUUAAAAGUCUGAAAAUGACCACGUUUGUUUACUAUAUAAAUGGAGCUGCUUUCAGGGUAGAAAACAAAACAAUCUGUUCAUCCCCCUGAAGUAUGACAAAAGCAGAUGUGGGAUUUCGUGUGUUUGCGUAGCAGCAUGGAAGUGCAUGAUUGAACACCAUCACACCUCGGGCCAGUCUCCUGAUUGUUUUGUCACCAAUGCAAAUCUCCAUCGGCGUGCGCGAGACCACCUCGGGCUGCCGACGCGCUCUCCCAGCAUAGUGGAGCAGCCAUUAAACGAUACUCGUUCAAGACCGGCUCGCAUCUCCGGCUUAUUGGUUGCGGACUAAUCAAACGAGCUUGAAAGGAAGCCUUUCGGGUUUUCGGCGUUUGGCUUUGGGCUCUUCUUAUCUCGAGUACAACAAGUGACUGUUUCUAUUGUACUAACAAAAUGCCUCAAAGCCUUGGCGGCCACUCUAUAUCAUUGCAACUGGCAGGGGGUGCUUGUGUGUAAUCUCUCCUCCCACUUUGCCGCACUCCCAUCCGCUGAGAAUAAAUUGCAAGAGUUUUCCGGUCAUCCUUUAAAAGUUUCCUUUGGGGAACGCUCUUAGAGUUAUCAUCCAUAUUUGGGAUUGUUUAUCAUUGCCGUUCUCUUUUUCUUUUUGUUUCGCUGUGUACUAAUUCUACUACAGUAUAGCAGGCCAUGUAGUAGAUUUAAGCACACAGCGGGCCACUAAGUCAUUGAGAGCAACACCAUUUUGUACUUUUAAUGUGUUUUCAUUCCAGCGUGAGACAGAGGAGCCUUCAAAGUCGAACACAAUCUGUUGCAAGAUGCAGAUUAAUCGCCGAUUCGAUUUCAAAACUGGUUUUCCCAAUUGAAAUGAGCUCAAUAAAACUUUACAUUCUUAACUGUUAUAAGUUUAGUGUUCUACGGAUACUCCGAUUUUUGGGCUGUUCUCUGUUUUGGUGCCUCAGGCCAAAGCUCUGUCUAAAAUAAAAGUGGUGCUUUGCCACCAACUUGUAGAUUCUAUAGGCAAUUAUCAACGUUUCGAAAGUGUGAUAAUUGCUUAUAGCUUUUCCUUAUUCACAGCAAGGUGAGGUAACGCUGCAUAAAAACGGAACCGAAUCAAAGUCAAAUAAAGUCUCAGAGAGGGAAGGUGUUCACAGAACAAUACUGUUACUGUGUUUUGUUUAAUUAGUAUUCAUAUGCAUAGUUCAAGAAAAUGUAUAUUAAUAACCGUAAUCAAAGGAAAACAUUGUGCAGGUAGCAUCAGAAAAACAAGUGGGGUUUAUGUAUUUAAAGAUAAAUAUACAUACUAAUAAAAAAAUGAAACAUUGUGCCGUUUGAGUUUGCAGCAAAAGUAGAAAUAUUGGGGAAAAAAAGAAUAAAAGGUACAGCAUGUUUUCCGGAGAGCGGUAACGUCCCAGACAUGCUUCAAAGACGUUUGAACUUAUAAUAAACACACAAACUAUUCCUUAGUGCCUGUUCUCCCUCUCGGCCUGUCAAAAAAAUCGGAGUCGAUAUUAAUUUCAUUUAGAGGAAAACAAAAUAAUAUGAUUCUCUCGCUUACGAUUUUUCAAACUUGGCAAGUGUUCUUGCUUCAAGUAUUUUACUGUUACUGUCCUUUUGCGUUUUAAGAGAGUAAAACUGAUGCAUAAAACAAAAAUGAUAUAUUCAAUCCAAUGAAAGCAACCAAUUAAAUCAUAUUAAAAAAACAUGUUACUUUAACGCACACGAGCAGGGGAUACAACAAUACUCAGCCAUGUAUAUUGUUUCCUCUGCUCUGUGGUUGCAAUGAAUUUUAAUGGAACUUCACAUAAUUGGGGACCUUCACUGCCUUUUUCUUAAUUUUGGAGCAGUAACAUAACGAAUGUGCCGUUUGUUGGCAAAUUUCUCCGGUCACUUUAAUGCUAUUCAUUAGCCAUUAUGCCUUUGUCUACAUACUAUUUAUGUUGGCAUCUGCUUGGUAAAUAAGUAAGACAGUCUUUACAUGCUCACGGAGCUGUUUAUUUUUUUUAUUUAUUUUUUGUACUCUGUUUUACCCAAGAGUAUGUAGGUAUCACUUGAAUCACUUUUAAGGCGUUCCACUUUGGAGGUUCCACUGUACGUCAGAAGAAAUGCUUGACUGUGUCAUUGGAGUUCAUAGAUACAUUGGUCAUAAUUGAUUAGUUAGGCCUUGAAUAAAAAAGGCAGACAACAGACUUUUACCUCAACACUUGAUCUACGUCUAAGUCUUUUCAAUGCACCCCCUUCCCUCUUGUGUUUCCUAAAAUGCCUGUUUUGUGGCCAGGACCUUCAUGCUAUUUUCAUCAUCUGUGUUUAGCUAUCGUCACAAGAGAAUGUCUGUUACAUAUGGAAUUGUAACAAUGUUCGCAAAAAAGUGUUUUUAUCUUUGAAAUGUCAAAACCAAAACACCAAAAGUAUCCCUCCUUCUGCAGUGACUCAUGUCACUGCUUGAAUGAAUUAGUGUGUGUGUGCGUGCGUGUGUGUGCUGUUUUAUCUGCGGCCAACCCUUCACACCCCACCUUUAUCAACUAUACGCGUAUUCGUGUGGACAUUUCAGAUGAUCUACCCAAUGCUACGUGUGUGUGUGUGUGUGCGUGUGUGCAGGGGUUAAGUGGGGUGCACAUUUCUAAGUGCUAUGCAAGCGCAAAAGGAAAAAAAAGCACCUUGACUUCUUUUGCCUCCUGGAAGAAUUCUAUUUUUUCAAACAAGAGCAUAACACAAACAGGGUUUUUGAUUUUGUAUCAAACUACAAGUGGUGCAGAAAUGCUUUUUUUUUUCUGAGGUGCAACGUUCGGAAUUGGAUCAAGGUCGUGGACGCUGUCAGUGGCUUUCUUGUUGCAGAGACUGGAUCAUGUAGACCAGUAUUUAUUCUCUCAGAUCUUUUUGGAUUGUUCAGUGUAGCUCUGAUACAUGUUGCUGCAAACAGACUAAACUUCUCUUUGUUCCUGUUCAAAAAGACUUUCUUUCUUUAAAAAAAAAAGAAAAAGACAUUUUUACAAAAAUAUGUUAAAAAAUGUAUUUCAGUGACAUUUUAUUUCUGUAAAAGUUCCAAUUGUAAAUAAACAUCUAGCCUUCUUACCUGUAACUAAAUAUAAUUUUUAUGCAAUAAAUUAUAUUUCUUAGUUUAAAAGUA